AUGUCCUUGAAGAUCUGGUCGUUACAAGAAGAUCAACCGGUAUAUGACUGGAAGGCUCAUGAAAAGGAAAUCUACACAAUACGAUGGAGCCCACUUGGCCAUAUGUUAGCGAGUGCAUCAUUCGAUCAUACCGUCCGCCUGUGGGAUGUAAGACGUGGUGAACUCGUCCGGACAUUAUCCCGUCACAACGAUCCCGUGUAUUCCGUCUCCUUCUCACCUGAUGGGCGUUAUGUUGCGUCUGGUUGUUUCGAUCGAUCUGUAUUUAUUUGGGAUAUUCAGACAGGUAAAUGUCUGCAAAGUUACGUUGGUGAAAAACGCAAAGGUGGCAUUUUCGAAGUGAGUUGGAAUUCCCGAGGAGAGAAAGUGGCUGCAAGCGCCAGUGACGGAACGGUGAUUUUGCUUGAUGUUCGCCAUAUAAAAAAUCGCCUUCCGUAG